AUGUUAUUAGUGUCAAGUAUACGCGCAUUAUUUGGUGAUUCAAAUAAAAUUGUAAAGGCAUUGUCUCCAAAUGUUCGAAUAUGUAGAACAAACUUUGAGUCAAGUGUGCACAAAAAGUUACAAACAAAGUUAAUUGCCAAUAAUUCGAAGUCGUUGUUAAGCAUAAGUUCUUUUUUUUCAACAAUUUCACCACAGUUAAAUAUAAUUGACGGUAGAACUUCUCAAGAAAAUCUUUGUAUACCUUUGGAACAUACAAUGGAAAGUAUUCAAAACGAUAAAUUUACAACGAAAAAUGAAAAAUCAUUAAAUCAGAAUGAAACGGAAAAUGAGCCAAAGGGAGCAGAUGAAUAUACACUUAAUGUUGGCAGAGCAAUUCGUACAAUACGAACCGAAUUGCCAUUAUUUUUUGGAAAUGGUCUGUCUGACACUUCGAUCUACUCGCCAAACAUUUUACUAACGGAUCCUCAUCAUACACGUCUUCACGUACGCGGGAAGCAUAUUUAUUUAGGCAUUGCUAACUUAUUGAGAUGGAGUCUAAUAUGGUAUUUUGAUGAUCUGACAUUAGAACUAAUUAAGCUUCACACCGUUGAAAAUAGCAUUGAUGAGGAUAGAUCAGAUCAAGAUAUUUAUUUUAAAGGCGUGAUAAAUGAUAAAUUUUUUACCCGGAUGAGAGGAAAUAUAAAGAAAUCAAAGGGUCAACAUAAAGGAUCAUAUUUUUCUACGUCUGUGUUACCACCAUCAGAUAGAAACACCCGACUUUAUAUUCGUUGGACACUUGAGGGCACGCCCAGGUCUUUCUAUCUUAUAUCAAUGUUAUCUUCUCGUGGAAUGCGAAUUCCACGAUCAACGUUUUCAGGUAUCUUUAUGUAUAAAUUUGACCCUAAAAGUGGAUUGGUUUUAGAACAUCAUGUAAAACAUAUUAUACCCGCACCCAGUCGUAAAGCGGUAUUAUAUCAUGGAUUCGGAGGGUUUGGAGGUUUAUUAUGGAGAAUCAGAAGUAGUAUGACAAAACAAAAAAAUGAAUGGGGAAUGGGUUUAGGAAUGGUUGGUGCCAAAACUCAUGAGACGGAAAAUAAGUUAAGUCAUGUUAGGUUAAAAACAAAAGAUAAAAAAAAUGAAUUUCAUGAUUAUCGAGAUGUUGCUUGCUUAUAA